AUACUUUUUUCCACGACUGUAAAAGGACAACAACAAAGCAAACAAACACUUUAAUAAAUAAUAUAACAAUAAAAGAACAUUUGGGGACAACAACAACAAAUGAGGGAUUAUUGAAUGAUUUUUGGAGUGAACUUGAACAUGAAGAAGAAAUUGAGGAGGAAGAGGAAGAAGAAGAUGAAGCAAAACAAUUGGAUCAGAAUAAAAUUAAUAAUGAAGAGAAUAUAUUGGAUGUUUUGGGAGGAGUUACAGGUAAAUAAAUAUAGUUCUAGACAUAAAAGAGAAAUUUCAAAAUUUAAUGAUAACGAUGAAGAAUUCUUUGAAGAAACAUUUCAGCCCACUAUAGAAUUUAAUUGGGCUCAAGAAAAAAUUCGAAGGCUUGCUCAAAGUUUGCUUUUUAGUUCUCCGGGUAUUGCAAUAACGAUUUCACAUUUUCCCUCAUAUGUUAUUCUUCGUCGUUUUGGCUCUUAUUUGCCUAUUUUUAUUGCUCUUUUGAUUUCUUCAAUAAUUACUGGAGGAUUUCCUUUUAUUCUUGGAUUGGACGCCCCUUUUCCGCUUAUUAUGGUCUCAAGAAUUCUUUUGGGUAUUUGCGUCUCUCCUAUUUUUACAUUUUUUGGUCAAAUGUCAGCACAAUGGGCAAGUGUUGGUGAACAACAUUUUUUUGUUUUAACUGGGUUUUUGGCACUUUUGUUUGGCCCAAUAAUAAGUUGGAUAUUUACUGUUUGUUUUCUUUGGUUUGAUGCAAAAAGUAGAAUUUUUGUUUUUGGUUUUCAUGGAGGUGAGGAAAUAAUUUUAUAUUUAAAUUUGAGAGUUGAUAGGGCAAAAUAUGUUUUUCUAACAACUUUGAGUUUUUCUCUUGCAUUUAUUUGGCUUAUUCUUUAUAGAGAUCAGCCUCAAACACACAAAUUAGUUAAUGGAGAAGAAUUACAUUAUAUUGUUAAAAGAAAGCCUCGACAAAAACACACUCUUUUAGAAUUAAAUUUACCAAAUUCUCUUGCUUGUCUUUUACUUCGUUCAACUUCUGCUUGGGCUGUUUGGAUAUCCUCUUUUUGUUUCUUCUUUGCUAUAUUAACUCUUUUAAUAUUUUAUCCAAUAUUUUUGCACAAAAUUAUGAGACAAUCACUUGAUUGGUGGUAUUUGACUUUUUUAACUUUUCUUCUCUCUCAUUUUAUUUCUUCAUUUAUUUCACAUAAAAUGAAAUUAAAUAUUCUUCGUCACAAUACUUUAAUUGUUCGAAUAUUCAAUAAUUUUGCAUUUGCAUCUUCUGCUAUUAUUUUUUUGUUUAUUGCAAUGUUGCCUGGAAAUGAAGAACAACCUUUUACAAAUAAUUGGAGACUUAUUCUACUUUCAAUUUCAUUAUUUCCACUCGGUUUUACUUCACUUGGAUUUAUCAAAUCAGCCGUUAUUAGUGGUGGAACUCAUUUUACUCAAUAUAUUAUUUCUCAUAUGCAAUUAGCUUUUGGAUUAGCCUAUACCUUAAUUCCAACUCUUCUUUUUUCGAAUAUUUCAACAACAAGUGCGUUAGUUCAUUGGCGUUUAUUAUUUCUGAUUUGUGCGUUAUUAUUGCUUUUGGGAGUGGCGAUUUUUACGAUUUUGGGGCGUGGCACACCAACGAGUUGGGCCGAACAAUGGUCUCAAGAAGCUGUUGGUGAUAUUCCUUUACUUUUUGUCAAAUUUUCUCCUCAACACCAACCGCUAAGGUCUUCUGCAACUUCCCCAGCCGCAGCCCAACUUGCUUCAGUUGCCUCGGAAGCAGCUGCAGCAGGAGCGGCAUUGUCUUCUAUGCAUCGUUUUUAUGAUGGGGAAAGGCUUUGA